AUGGCCGCCGCACCUUCUUCUCCUGAGCAGCGAGAGCUGCAGUUGGUAGACAACGUCGAAUUUAAGAUUCUUGCCGUUGCAAACGUCGAAGACAAGCUCUGUGAUCUUCUGGGCCGCUAUUUGGCGCCCAUCAUUCUCAAGGCGGACAGCAGUCAUGCCUCUGUACGAGUCAAAGUUAUCCAACUCCUAGCACGGCUGAGAACAUUUAUCCAGCCUCCAGGUGUCAUCCUACCUGUAAAGGCGCUACUUGAGCAAUACAAGUCAAAUGACUCCAGUGUCAUCAAGCAACUUGAUCUGCCAUUCAUUCAGCACAGCCUUGGCCGUCUUGACAAAGAUGACAGGCGAGCCUUGCUUCCUAUUGCGCUAAGAGGGUGCUCAAAGGACGAAGGUCAAAGCAGAGCAGCCACCUUUUUCAACAUCAUUCUUCAACUUCUUGUUGACGUCCGUCUACCGUCACGCGGAAGCAAGGAUGAUGAAGCUUUGAGAGCCUCUAUCGGAUUGGAAGAUGAAGCAGACGCCAAGUAUCUUGCCAAGAUGCUUUCUAUCUUCUUGCGUUUGCGGCCGCCUACUCCAAGCAAGACGCUGGCCGAUUCAAACCCAACCUUCUCUCAAGAAGAGAUCAACAUUUUCUCCGUUGAGGGCGCUGGAACAGCUAAAAUUUUCCAGAACAUCUCACAACUCAGAGCAAAGAUAGUCACGUUCCUCGCCAGUGCAGCUUUUACGGAUGAGGAGAAAUUUCUUCCUGCGCUAUAUGCUUCCUCCAGUCCAGAUACCAGGGUAGCAUCUCUGGCAGAAGAAAUUAUCAAGAGAACUUCAGUCUCUUUCGAGAACAAAGACUUGGUCAAAAAAUUGUUCGAGGCUCAUUCUCGGCUCCCCGCUGCCUAUCGCACGCGAAUUCUUACUCUACUUUCCAAGUCGGCUAUUGCUACUUCAAUGUCUGGGCACAUUAUGAAUGUGGUAAAGCUGGACUUUCUGCCAGCUUUCAGACAAGACUCUUCCACAGACGCACUCCAGCCGUCGAGCUCCCUGGAAAGAACAAAGCUGCACAAAGCUUUGUUUCAAUUUCUGUCGUGGGUCGCUCAAGUAGGCCCGUCCAACAAAGACUUCUCUAUCGGUCCGAAUCUUAUUAAGAGCAUGCAAAACUACAUUGAGUCGCAAGGAUGGCCAGUUCCGGUGCAAAUAUCUCAUGAUGAGACUCAACUUCGCUCAAGAGGCUAUGAAACCAUUGGAAUGCUCGCGCGUUCCGCUGAUAUUCCUUUCGAAGCACAAGUUGACUUGGCUGCUUGGCUCUUCCAAUCGCUGUCUGAGGAUCCUACCAACGACGCUGUAGUCAACAUUGAUGGAGCACUCUCAAGUCUGACAUCAAAUAUCCCCAGACACAUCGCCGACGAAGACCCUAAGUUGAGGAACAUGCUCCUCAAGUACAUGUCUCUUGCUGAAAAGGCACCCGCUGUACGAAGCACUCGUCAUGCAGUUGUUAAGUGGUCUAACGAGUGUCUGUCAUUCACAAAUAUUGAUGCUCGUUGGAUAAACUUUAUGGCUAUCGCCGGCCGUCUCAACGAGAGAAGCGAUGUGGUUGAGCAAGGGCAAAAGGGUCUGGAUCCAUGGACCUAUUACGCCCAUAGCGAGAUAGCUCCAGUUCUACCUGACUGGCGCAUGAUGGUUCUCAAGUACUUCACCAUCGCUUCCGAACUUCAACUCGAUGCUGAUUCCGAGGCUGGUCACGGGGCAAUAGUCCUGCCUAAUGACAGUACGUUUGCCAAUUUCAAAGGUUCUGCAAUCCGUGCUUUUCCUCUUGUCAUUCAAUAUUGCAAGCAAAUGAUGUUUCUUUCAGCCCUCGAAAAUUUCAACGUUCAGCCGGAUUGGAUGCAGGCGCUCAGUGCACAAAUCAAGACCAAUAUUAAAUCUCGUCAAAAGGUAGGAAAUUAUUUGGCAUUUGGAGACCCUAGUUUCCUAAAUAUCUUUCUGAGUGCUUGCCUCAUUGGCUCUUCUGUCGAGGAUGCUCCAAUAGCAGAGGAGAGUCUUCGGUCUUUCGUCGAAGUCGCUUCUCUAGCUCCGUUCAACGUUGUUGGAGAAUUUGCCAAAGGCAAAGCCGCUCGCCUGUUGCCUCUUAUUAAAUCUAAUAAGAGCGAGAUAAGACAAUUGAGCGCGAGAGCUGUUGGUAUCCUGGCGGCGCAUCCAGCUGUGGACAUUGACGAAAUUCAGAAUUGGGGUUUGACUCUCAAUGCUUUGUUUGAGAAAGCUACAACGGCUAUUGGACCAGAUCUCAAUGCUGCAGAAGGAGCACUAGUCGCCUAUGGUCACCUUUGCUCUCGGUCUGUCUUCUACAACAAUGCAUCUGUGGCUGAUUGGAAAUAUCCACUUCAUAUCCUUGUCGAAGAGCAUGUCGCACCAUCUCUAUUUGACGCAGCAGUCGAAUCCUUCACUCAUUUGUGGCUGGCAAAACUUGCUAUCCCUCCGAAAGAAGGAACUACUUCUCUUGACAAUGUCGUCAAAAAGCUUUCUGAGAAAGCGAAGAAAGGGAAUGAAAAGGCGAUUGUGGCGCUUGGCAUGCUGGCUGCAAGCAUCCCAGAUUCAGAGCUUCCGGAAUCGCCAGCUUCAUGGUCAGAAGGUCCAGUUGGGGCUAUCUUGAAAGAACUGUUCGCUCUUCAUGAAAUCAAAAGAGUUGAGGUUCAGUUUGCCGUUGGAGAUGCUAUAACCAUUGCAGUUGCUCGCUGGGGCUCGGACUAUGUGAAACUAAUGGUGGACGUGGAAUUCCGAACUCGCAACUUCCAAGCCAAAGCCCGAAGCCAGCUACUCACAAAUGUCCUGGACAAAUUGUUUGAAGAUUGCAAGGCUACCAAGCCAUCUCUUCUGAAAGCUUCUGGCAUCUGGCUCUUCUGCAUCGUCCAAUACUGCUCUGACCUCAGUGAGGUGACUUCUCGCCUACGACAAGCACAGGCCGCUUUCAUGCGCCUUCUCAAUUCAAGAGACGAACUAGUCCAAGAAACAGCCUCGCGUGGUCUGAAUCUGGUGCAUGAGCGUGGAGAUAACGAACUCAAAGCCGCCCUGGUAAAUGAUCUUGUGUCUGCAUUUACAGGAUCGACCACCCAACUUAAAGUGGACAAUGAAACCGAAUUAUUUGAGCCGGGAGCGCUGCCAACUGGCGAGGGCAGUUCAGUUUCGUCCUACAAGGACAUUGUCAACCUCGCAAACGAAGUUGGUGACCAGGGCCUUGUUUACAAGUUCAUGUCUUUGGCAACCAAUGCGGCUACGUGGUCAAGAAGAUCUGCAUUCGGACGCUUUGGUCUCACUAAUAUCCUCUCAGAUUCCGAGGUCGAUCCCAAGAUAUAUCCAAAACUUUUUAGAUACCGAUUUGAUCCGAAUACCAACGUCCAACGAGCCAUGAACGAGAUUUGGAAAGCCUUGGUCAAAGAUCCCAAGACGGUUAUGGAAACACAUUUCAACGCCAUCAUGGAAGAGCUCCUCAAGAGCAUACUCGGACGAGAAUGGAGAAUGCGAGAAGCCAGCUGUGCUGCCAUUUCCGACAUUUUGACUGGUGUCCCAUUCCACCAAUACGAGAAAUUUUAUGGAGAUAUUUGGACAAAGGCUGUCAAGGUCCUUGACGAUGUGAAGGGAAGCGUCAGGGAGGCAGCUUUCAGGCUUUGCAGAGGCCUUUCUACCACUCUCGUUCGACAGCUAGAAGAGGGGACUCACGAGUCAUCAGCCAAUGCUAUGAUGCAGAAGGCGCUGCCCUUUUUACUUUCUGACAAAGCUGCAGAGAGCUCAGUUCAAGAAGUCCAGGCUUUUGCAAUCAUCACAAUCAUCAAGACUGCACGACACGGCGGUAAGCACUUGAAGCCAUUUAUCCCGGAGAUGAUACCCAAGCUUCUGGGACUUUUGAGCACCAUCGAACCUGAGCGCAUCAAUUACUACUAUCAACGAGUCGGCGAGGACAGUCGGGAGCAGAUUGAUAAGUUGCGAUCAAGAAUGGUCAAUGCCUCUCCCAUCUCGGAAGCCAUCGAUAACAUCCUACGCUUUGUUGAUGAGGACGUGAUGGCAGAGCUCGCUCCACGCCUUGAAGCAACUAUCAAGACUGCCAUUGGAAUGCCUACCAAGAUUGGCUGCAGCAGAGUCUUGACAACUCUCUUUACCCGUCAUACGAAUGAAAUCAAAUCUGUCUCUACUCAAUUUUUGGAACUACUGGGCAAGCAGGUUCUGGACAAGAACGACGAAGUCAGUCAGGCCUAUGCCCGUGCCGCUGCAUAUAUCAUGCGAGUUGUCUCAGACAGCGCCAAGCAACGAUUCUCGGAGCGCAUGUUGAAUCUUUAUCUACAAUCGGAAGAGGAGAGUCGCCGCCAGAAAGUUGCGGAUGUUGUUGUUUCUCUGGCAAAGGUGUCCCCUGAUCACUUCAGCACUCAGGAGACACUCUUGUUGCCGUUUUCUUAUCUUGGUUCUCAUGAUGUUGACGAAUACACCGGCAAAGUAUUCCAAGAAGUGUGGGAUCAGCAUUCCGGCAGCAAUCGAACUGUUGUUCGCUAUGUGCCAGAGAUUGUCGACCUUAUUGAACGCUGUCUGGCUACGACUCAGUGGGCGCUGAGACACACUGGUGCCUUUACAGUAGCUGCCAUGGUUUCGGAUGUGGCCAGCGCCAGUGACACCACAGGCGCAAUUGGAGAGGCCAACUUGAAGGCCAUUUGGCCUGUCUUUGAAAAGGCUCUCGCUCUGAAGACCUUCCCCGGCAAGGAAAAGCUUCUGGAGUCUUUUCCUGAUUUUGUUGAGAAGGGCCAAUCUCUUUGGAGAUCCAAUACUGAAAUUGCAGCCCUCAUGAAGAAGAUUGUUAUUCGCGAGGCAAAGCGGAAUAACGACGACUACCGUGUCCAUGCCUUCCGCUGCUUGUGGCGAUUUGCGAAAUUGGCGGAUAUCUUUGACAUGUUGCAAGACAUUGUCGAUAUUGUGACACCUCAUUUGGAGGAUUUCAAGGAUGAAAACAAGAUGGAUGUUGAUUCUAAGGAAGAAACUGUGAUCAAGACUGCGAAGAAUGGUCUGGAGGCUGUGGCACGCGGAUACAGUCGCUCGUCAGACAGACGAGCCUAUGCCGUCGCCACUCAAAUCAUCAAGGCUCUUGAGCCUUUCCUUUCGGAUCCGAAAUUCAACGUGAUCAAGCGAGAGGUGUGGUAUGAAUCUGUGAUUGAUUUGAUGAAGGAUCUUGCGGCGUCUGAGCCUGCAGCUGAUCCCUCUUCAGUGGAGAAAGAUGGUGUUUUACAGGCAUAUCUCAGCAGCCUGGAUGUUGACAAGGCGGAAGUUGGCGUUGAAUCUCAGCGACUCAAGAGAGCCGAGGCAGUUUCAGCGACGCUUAAGACUUAUUCCAGUGGCGUGUUUGGCAAAUCGACUGCACAACUGGAUGAGUUCGAAGCGGUAGUGCAGAAGGCCAAAGAGGACGAACGCGUUCCGGAGAUACAGAAGGCUUGGCAGAGAGUACUUGUGGAAUUGCAGGAAGCUCGUAUUUAA